GGUGUUUGAAGCGGAGAAACAGGAAGAAGCUAGAUGGAGGUGAUCCAAAAGUUGGAGAGAAGGAGAGAGGUAAGAGGGAGAGUGACCCUAAUGAAGAAGGGGUUAUUGGAUUUCCAUGACAUAAAAGCGAACAUUCUUGAUCGAAUUCAUGAGUUAUUAGGGAGGGGUGUCUCUCUUCAGCUCAUUAGUGCUACUUCUCCUAACCCAGGUCCUAUCGGAGAAGUUGCAUACUUGGAGAAAUGGGUUUCAACCAUUUCUUCUCUAACAACUCCGGCAACAGACGUAGAAUUCUCCAUCACAUUUGAUUGGGAUGAAACCAUGGGAGUUCCUGGAGCAUUCAUCAUCAAGAACCAUCACCAUAGCCAAUUCUACCUAAAAACACUCACCAUUGAACACAUUCCUGGCCACGGCCCUGUCAAAUUUCUCUGCAAUUCUUGGGUCUAUCCCGUUCAUCGUUAUGCCUAUGAUCGUGUCUUCUUUGCCAACAAGGCUUAUCUUCCAUGUGAAACACCGGAGCCACUGCGCAGAUUCAGGGAACAAGAACUAAUAGUUCUUCGCGGAAAAGGGUUUGGAAGGCUUAAAGAGUGGGAUAGAGUUUACGACUAUGCAUGCUAUAAUGAUUUGGGAUCUCCCGAUAAUGGUCCUAACAGCGCACGCCCUGUACUUGGUGGAGGCUCACAGUUCCCGUAUCCCCGAAGAGGAAGAACUGGUCGGCCACACACCAAAACAGACCCCAAGACUGAGUCAAGAUUGCCUCUUCUAUGUGUAAAAAAGAUUUAUGUUCCAAGAGAUGAGCAGUUUGGGCACGUCAAGUUUUCAGAUUUUUUGGCUUACGCAGUAAAGUCUGUUAGUCAAGUUAUGCUUCCAGAGAUUACAUCUUUGUGUGACAAAACUUUUAAUGAGUUUGACACCUUUGAAGAUGUUCUUAGAAUUUAUAAGGGAUGUAUUAAGUUGCCAAGUGAUUCUCUGGUAAAAAAACUAAGAGAACUUGUUCCCUAUGAGUUGGUGAGAGAACUUAUUAGGAAUGAUGGUGAGAGAUUCCUUAAAUUUCCGUUGCCUGACGUGAUCAAAGAGAGUAAAAGGGCUUGGAGGACAGACGAGGAAUUUGCACGAGAAAUGCUUGCUGGGGUUAACCCUGUCAUCAUCCAACGUCUCCAAGAUUUUCCUCCUGUCAGCAAGUUAGACCCCAAUGCUUAUGGUGACCAAACUAGCUCCAUCAGGGCAACAGACAUAGAAAAUAGUUUAGAUGGGCUCACAAUAAAUGAGGCAAUUCAAGAAAAGAAGCUAUUUAUAUUAGAUCAUCAUGAUGCAUUGAUGCCAUACAUAAGUCGAAUAAACUCUACCAACACAAAGACUUAUGCCAGUAGAACACUCUUGUUUCUACAAGAUGACGGUACACUAAAGCCACUAGCUAUAGAACUAAGCUUACCUCAUCCACAAGGUGAACAACAUGGUGCUGUAAGCAAAGUUUUCGUUCCAGCUAAAGAAGGAUCAGCAGCUUCAGUUUGGCAGCUAGCUAAAGCUUAUGUAGCUGUGAAUGAUUCAGGAUAUCAUCAAUUGGUUAGCCACUGGUUGCACUCCCACGCAGUAAUUGAACCAUUCGUAAUAGCCACACAUAGACAGUUGAGCAUUCUUCAUCCCAUAUACAAGCUCUUGAAGCCACACUUCAAGGACACAAUGCAUAUAAAUGCCUUAGCUCGACACUUGCUCAUCAGUGCUGGAGGGGUGUUAGAGAAAACAGUUUUCCCCGGCAAAUUUUCCAUGGAAAUGUCAGCUUUUACAUACAAAAGUUGGGUUUUUCCCGACCAGGCACUACCUGCUGAUUUGCUAAAGAGGGGAAUGGCAGUUCAAGAUUCUAGUUAUCCUCAUGGACUUAAGCUUGUGAUAGAGGACUAUCCAUAUGCUGUGGAUGGGUUAGAAAUUUGGGAAGCAAUUGAAACUUGGGUGACUGAAUAUUGUAACUUCUAUUACACGUCGAGUGAAAUGGUUGAGGAAGAUGAUGAACUUCAGAAUUGGUGGAAAGAAAUACGCAACGAGGGUCAUGGUGAUUUAAAAGACAGACCAUGGUGGGGAGAGAUGAAAACUAGAGAGGAACUCAUUCAAUCAUGCACCAUUAUCAUUUGGCUAGCUUCUGCUUUCCAUGCAGCUGUGAAUUUUGGACAAUAUCCUUAUGCUGGGUACCUUCCUAAUCGUCCAACAGUGAGUCGUAGGUUCAUGCCCGAGUUAGGUACCCCAGAGUAUGAAGAACUUAAGUCAAACCCUGACUUGGCAUUCCUAAAAACAAUCACUGCCCAGUUCCAAACACUCCUUGGCGUGUCACUGAUUGAAAUUUUGUCAAGGCACUCAACGGAAGAGGUUUAUCUUGGACAGAGUGAGAACACCGAAUGGACUUUGGAUGUUGAACCAUUGAAAGCAUUUGAUAGAUUCUCAGAGAAACUAAUGGAAAUUGAGAGUAAUAUUACCAAAAGAAACAAGGACGAAAGAUUGAAAAAUCGAAAUGGACCAGUGAAGGUGCCCUAUACACUUCUCUAUCCCAACACUUCGGAUCAUUCAAAGGAGGGUGGGCUUACUGGCAAGGGAAUCCCCAACAGCAUAUCCAUCUGAAACUCCUUUUGUAGCUUAUAUAUGUCCUCUCACGUCACUAUGACUAACCAGAGAGUUUGGGUAUUAAAUAAACAAUUUAUGUGAUUA